AUGAAGAAAGAAACAAUCUCUAUUAAACACCUGCAAACUUCUCUUGCAAGUGGCUACCCUUCCCUACCUCCAGCUUGUCUCUACACCAUACAAACAACAGAAGCAGAGCUUGACGGGCUUCUCAAAACCCUCAGACGACCCCAGCAGCAGCAGCAGCAGCAGCAGCAGCAGCAACAGCAGCAACAGCAGCAACAGCAGCAGCAGCAGCAGGAGAAACAGAGGCAUCAUGAUGGUUCUUUCUGUGGUCUUUCUGGAGCUGAUAAUACCCCAAGAAGCUCCUCACUUCAAGAGCAGCAAAACCAGGCCCCUGAUGCUGCAUGCAGCCCCCCUCUAACAAUGCAUGCAUGCAUCGUUAUCUCUCGCUGGACCCCAUACAGCAGCAUUGCUCCUCAGGGAGAAGACCAUCGGAGGAGGCCUCAGAGGAAUACUUCUCCUUCAGGGGGGCCCCCCUUCGUCUCUGGCUCCACAGGGAUAACAGCUGGGGGCCCCUCUUCAGGGGGACCCCCCUUUGGGGGCCCCUCUUCUGAAGGCCCCCCCUUUGGGGGCCCCUCUUCUGGGGGCCCCUUCUCUGGAGGAGCCCGCUUUGGGGGCCCCACCUCUGGGGGCCCCUCCUCUGGGGGACCCCGCUUUGGGGGCCCCCCGUUUGGGGGCCCCCCACCUGGGGGCCCCUCCUCUGGAGGCCCCUCCUCUGGGGGACCCCCGUUUGGGGGCCCUUCUUCUAGGGGCCCCUUGUUUGGGGGCCCCCCCUCUGGGGGCCCCCCGUCUGAAGACCGCUCUGGGUUGAGCCCCACGGAGUUAGAGAGCUUUCAGCGUUAUGAGCAAAUACUGCGGGAUAUAGAGAAGCGAAACGAAGCAGCAGCAGCAGCAGCAGCAGCAGCGAGGAAGGAGAGCAGCAGCAGCUACGAUAAGGGCCUGCAGCAAACAGAUGAGGGGCCCCCCACAGAGACAGAUAAUAACGGACCCUUAGCUCCUACUGCUUUAGGUAUAAUAAUGCAGCAUUUACCUUCUCUGGAUCCAGCAGAGUUUUUGCUGCUGUACUCGCGCAUGCAGCAGCACCUGCAGUCUGCUGCAGCUGCUGCCUCUUCACCUCUUGCCCCUGCUGCUUCGCUGCCUGUACACCGCAGCAGCGCCUCAGGCUUCGCUGCUUUCGAUGAGCUUCUGCUUAAAAAAAUGAAGACAUUGACGCUCAAAUCAAAGCCAGAAACCAACACAUCCAGCAGCAGCAGCAGCAGCAACAGCAGCAGCAGCAGCAGCAGCAGCAGCAGAGGGGAAUGUGAGUGCGGUGUUGUUAGCGUUGAUAGGGAAGGUGUUGAUGGGUGGGGUUGCUGGUGUUUAAAUAAAGAGAAUUGGGGGUCUUAUGAUUUAAUCGGUAAUGAGAAGGGCCCCCGAUAUUUUCUACGACGCUCUUUAUCUGAGGUGUAUGCACAGGGUUUGCUGCUAGAUAGCUCUUCGUGGUAUGAGAUGACAGUAUAUCCAAUUGCAGCAUAUAUGGCUGCUGCUUUGCAUGCACAUAGUGAGCUGCAGAGACACCUGGAGGCGGUAGGCUUACAGCAGCCUUCUUUCCCUCAGCUUAGGCGCAGCAUCAAACAAUACGCGGCUCCUGCUGCUCCUGCUGCUCCUGCUGCUGCUCCUGCUCCUGCUGCUGCUGCUGCUGCUGCGCUGCGGCCGCUGGUAGCAGUAGACGGGUGCUGCGGUGCUGGGGGUGAUGUUCUUCAGCUGUCUAGACACUUUGAUAUUGUAUUUGGCGUAGAUAAAGAUAUGCUGAAGAUUUCUUUAUGCAGACAUAACUCUCUGCUGCUAUCAAAGACAGACCCAGCAGCAGCAGCACCCGUCGUGCUGCUGCACCAGACACUGCAACAGCUGCAGCAACUCAGAUCAGCUUGGAGCGUGCGAGACCAGCACCACCAGCAGCAUGAAAAGCAGCAGCAGCAGCAGCAGCAGCAGCAGCAGCAGCAAGAUGAAGCUAUGACCUUAGGGGCUAUCCUGCGGAAGCAGCGGGCCCUGAAUGCGGAGUUCAAUCGGCAGCUGCAAACAGACAACUGGAGGGAGUGCGAGGGAGGACAAGGCGAAGCAGCAGCAGCAGCAGCAGCAGCAGCGCCUGCUGCAGCAGCAGCAGCAGCAGGAACAGCAGCAGCAGCAGCGCCUGCUGGGCUUCAAGGAAGCAGCACCAACAACCAGGGGCCCCCCAUUGACAGAGAUGAUAGAGAUGAAUUAUGUCUAUGCAUUCCCUUCAGUACGAUGUGCUGCCGCUACUGCGCCAAGAAGACUCCUGCUGCUGCUUCUGCUGCUGUUGCUGCUACAGCUACUGCUGCUGCAGGUGCUUCUGUUGGUGUUGCUGCUCCUCUUUCACCCUCUCUAGCACCUGCAACAGCACCGCAGCGCUCAGCUGCAUCCCCAGUCGCCCAAGGGGCCCCGGAGGCCCCCCAGUGUGGGGGCCCCAUUGGGGGGCCCCCCCAUUGUGGGGGCCCUAUGGGGGGGCCCCCCCAGUGUGGGGGCCCCAUGGGGGGGGCCCCCCAGUGUGGGGGCCCCACGGGGGGGGCCCCCCGGUUAGGGGGCCCCCCUUUGGAGUGUGUAGAAGUGAAUGAAGAUGAGUUUUUACCGAUAGAUUGGGUUUAUAUGUCUCCGCCUUGGGGGGGAGAGGGUUAUGCAGGGCACCGAGACUUCUUAAGAGAUCGCUACUUUGUCUCUGAUAAGAAAGAUAUUUUUCAGCUUGUUUUAGCUGCUGCGAGGUGA